CCCAGCAGCAGCCAGAGCAAUAAGAGCCCGGGGCCGCCCAUCGCCAUGGCGACCGCUGGACCCCCGGGCUUCCGGGUAACCCGGAACUACCCCGCACCCAGGUGACCCGGAACAACAUUUGGUAGCUUUCUGGUGCCAUGGACUGAGCUCACAGCAAUCAUUGUUCAAAUGGGGAGGAAGAAACAGUCACAGAAAGGGGAGCAAGCGGCUCUGAAAAGGAAAGAAACUCGUCAUCAAUAUAAGGGACGAUGCUUGGAGUCGUUCACCGAGGAAGUUCACGAGGCUUUGCAAGCUGUUGAUGAUGGUAUCUCUGAAGAUGGGACGUGUCCCACAUUCCGGUUCCCAUGUCCAUUAGCCAUGUGGGAACUAGGACACUGUGACAUAAAACGGUGUACAGGCAGGAAGCUUGUUCGCAAAGGGUUCGUCCGCAACCUACGUAUCAAUGAGAGAUUCAGUGGACUAGUUCUCACUCCCAUGGGAACCAAGUACCUCUCCCCUUCUGACAGGGAGAUUGUGGCGCAGUCGGGUGUGGCUGUCAUUGACUGCUCCUGGGCUAAACUAGAGGACACUCCAUUCACAAAAAUGCGAGGCAGAUACCCCAGGCUGUUACCCUACCUCAUUGCUGCUAACCCAGUGAAUUAUGGACGGCCCUGCAAGUUGUCCUGUGUUGAGGCAUUUGCUGCCACUUUCUGUAUUGUGGGGUUUCCGGAACUGGCUGAGGUUCUACUAAAGAAAUUCAAAUGGGGGAAAACAUUUCUACAACUGAACCAAGCUUUGCUGGAGAAGUACGGUAUGUGCCACACUGAGGCGGAAGUGCUACAGGUCGAGCAGGAGUGGCUAGCUGCAAAGAAAGAGCCAGAAGAUCAGGAGGAUCCAUUUGAUGUUGAUUCGGGAAAAGAAUUUUGUAAUCCUAAUAGACCUAACCUUGGAAGGGCUGUGGAGACUGAAGAAGAUAGUGGUGGUGAUGAUGAUGAUAAUGAUGAUGAUGUUGAGGAGAAGGAAGAUGAAGAUAGUGAACCCGAUGAAGGGAAUGCUGCAGAAGUUCAUAGUCUGAGAAGAGACCAAGAAGCAUGCAGAAAGGAGGAACCUACUGUGAAGACCAUCAACAGUGCAAAGGAUUGAGGUGAAAUAAAAUGAAAAAGCAUUGUGCAAGGUAGGCAGGAGUGUUCCCUGCUGACAGACUUUAAAAAAAAAACUCUUAAAGCUCGUAGAAAAUAAAAUUAUUUAUAACAUAA